AUGGCCACACUCCAAGGAACUCCGUGGCUGGCUUUGCCUCCUGUCCGGUUGCGCUUCCUCACCCUGUGCUUUUGUGAAGGGUUGGGUCCCCACCAGGAUUUUCAUGAAUACCAUGUCCUUUCAGUCAAAGGCUUGGAUCACAUGUUGUUCUCCAAAUUGAUUUCUCUUCUUCCCACCUCCCUUUUAUAUUUUUGGUUAGGUGAGAAGCCUGGAAAUGAGCCUGAGGAGGUGAAACUGCAGAAUGCCAGCAAACAGAUUGUGCAGAAUGCCAUCCUACAGGCUGUGCAGCAGGUCUCCCAGGAGAGUCAGCCCCGGGAAGACAAGAACAGCGACGCCCGGGGCCGCAGCCAGCUGGGUGUGCAGGAGUUAACCAAGAAGCACGAAAAGAAGUAA